AUGCAGUUCAAAACCGACGCGGAGCUUGUAGAUAUGCGGCUUCGGGAGCACCAGCUGGGGCUGACUGUUGGCUGGGUGUCUCGCACAAUUGGCGUCGGCAAACAGGCGAGGUGUAGAAGGCGAGUCAAGGCUCAUCAAUUUGCAGCUACGGGUGUCCCUGGAUCCACCCAAAGCAACAUGAAGAGAACCAGACCGACUUGGGAAAUCCAAGGAGGACGAGGGAGGACUGGAAGGGGGGGACCGAUUGGGGAAAUUAGCGGAUUGGUUCACACUGUACAAGUGCUACAGGGGGUUCCAUUGCAGGGGUGCCACCCAGAGCUAUACCAGGAGCAGACAGGCUACCAUGUGGUGUUCGCAUUAAUAGCGUGGGAAGUACCUGACUUUGCUGAGCUCGACAGCUGA